AUGGAUGCGGCCACAGCUCCAAAGCAAGUCUGGGCCCUGUGGCGGCUCCUCCUGCUUCUGCUCUUGCUCCUCCUGCCUGGAGGGAGCAGUGGCGGCUGCCCCACUGUGUGCGACUGCGCCUCCCAGCCCCGUGCCGUGCUCUGUGCCCACAGGCGACUGGAGGCUGUACCUGGGGGACUCCCGCUGGACACAGAGCUCCUGGACCUGAGUGGGAACCGCCUGUGGGGGCUUCAGCAGGGGAUGCUGUCCCGCCUGGGCCUGCUGCGGGAACUGGACCUCAGCUACAACCAGCUCUCCACCCUUGAGCCCGGGGCCUUCCAUGGCCUACAAAGCCUACUCACCUUGAGGCUGCAGGGCAAUCGGCUCCGAAUCAUGGGGCCGGGGGUCUUCUCAGGCCUGUUUGCCCUCACACUGCUGGACCUCCGCUUCAACCAGAUUGUUCUCUUCCUAGAUGGAGCUUUUGCGGAGCUAGGCAGCCUCCAGCAGUUGGAGGUUGGGGACAACCACCUGGUGUUUGUGGCCCCAGGGGCUUUUGCAGGGCUGGCCAAGCUAGGCACCCUGACCUUGGAGCGCUGCAACCUCAGUACAGUGCCUGGCCUCGCCCUUGCCCGUCUCCCGGGGCUCAUCGCCCUGAGGCUUCGAGAACUGGAUAUUGGGAGGCUGCCUGCUGGGGCGCUUCGGGGGCUGGGACAGUUAAAGGAGCUGGAGAUCCACCACUGGCCAUCUCUGGAGGCUCUGGAGCCUGGAAGUCUGGUGGGGCUCAACCUCAGCAGCCUGGCCAUCACCCGCUGCAAUCUGAGCUCAGUGCCCUUCCAAGCACUGCACCACCUGAGCUUCCUCAGGGUCCUGGAUCUGUCUCAGAACCCCAUCUCGGUCAUCCCGGCCCGGAAGCUCAGUCCCCUGGUGCGGCUCCAGGAGCUCCGACUCUCAGGGGCGUGCCUCACCUCCAUCGCUGCCCAUGCCUUCCAUGGCUUGACUGCCUUCCACCUCCUGGACGUGGAAGAUAAUGCCCUUCGGACACUAGAGGAAACAGCCUUCCCUUCUCCGGACAAACUGGUCACCCUGAGGCUGUCUGGCAACCCCCUAACCUGUGAUUGCCGCCUCCUCUGGCUGCUGCGACUCCGGCGCCGCUUGGACUUUGGCACGUCCCCCCCUGCCUGUGCCGGUCCUCAGCAUGUCCAGGGGAAGAGCCUGCGGGAGUUUUCAGACAUCCUACCUCCAGGACACUUCACUUGCAAACCAGCCUUGAUCCGGAAGUCUGGGCCACGGUGGGUCAUUGCAGAGGAGGGGGGGUAUGCCGUUUUCUCCUGCUCCGGAGAGGGAGACCCCGUCCCCACUGUCUCCUGGAUGAGGCCUCAGGGGGCUUGGCUGGGGAGAGCCGGGAGGGUAAGGGUCCUAGAGGAUGGGACCCUGGAGAUCCGCUCAGUGCAGCUGCGGGACAGAGGGGCCUAUGUGUGUGUGGUCAGCAAUGUAGCUGGGAAUGACUCCCUGAGGACCUGGCUGGAGGUAAUUCAGCUUCAACCACCAAAUGGCAGUCUCUCUGACCCCAACAUCACCAUGCCGGGGAUCCCAGGGCCUUUCUUUCUGGAUAGCAGAGGUGUGGCUAUGGUGCUGGCAGUCGGCUUCCUCCCCUUCCUCACUUCAGUGACCCUCUGUUUUGGCCUCAUUGCCCUCUGGAGCAAGGGCAAGGGCCAGGUCAAACACCACAUGACCUUUGACUUUGUGGCACCCCGGCCCUCAGGGGAUAAGAACUCUGGAGGUAACCGGGUCACUGCCAAGCUUUUCUGACCCUUCCUUCCAUACUGGGGGUCUGUCAAGCCAGCUUCAGAGAUCAAAGGGGAAGAUAGAACCAAGGUUACUUGGACUACAGCCUGGUUCCAAGCAGCACAGAUCUCCACCUCCUGCCUACAUUGUGCCAGCAAGUGACGAUGACUCCUGGUAGAGUAUUGGGACAGCACUGUCAUCUCUCCCCUGAGGGCACCAGGUUGCUGAAGCUAUUAUAGACCCUGUCACCGGCCCAGCCCUCCCCAUCCAUUUCCCACCCCUACCACACACAUACACACACACACACACACAGCAGGAAACAUAACCAAGGCACCCAGGCUCUAGUCCGCUAGUCUAACCACCAGGCUUUCUUCACACACUUAUAUCCUUUAACAACUACUAACAGUCGCCAACCACAGUUACAAGAUUAUUUCAGAGGAGUGCUAUGUACUUACUUCUUUGAGUCUCUCCUGUUUCCUCAACCAGACUGACUCCCUGUCUUUUCUGUGCUAUGAACUAGAGCCCAAAUCCCCAAGAGUAAGACGAGGAUGCGAGCAUGGGGUGGGGGAGGAUGGCCUCAACACCGACACUGUCUGCAUGAGCCUCUGCCACCUGCUUCUGUCUUUCAGAUCAUUAAACCUGCUGCCAGAAGGCCAUGGCAGUAGCAGCCAAAA